AUGCCUGCUAUCUAUCUAUCUAUCUAUCUAUCUAUCUAUCUAUCUAUCUAUCUAUCUCAGUCUGUUCGUUAUCUAUUUACUUCAUUCUUCUUAAUUUCUCUCUUUUACUUGUUAUGUUACCAAUUGUUUUGCUACUACACCAACUGGUCGCAGUACAGACACGGUACAGGCAAGUUCUUACCACGUGACAUUGACCCGAAGCUGUGCACCCACAUUCUUUACGCCUUCGGUACUCUUACGGGAACGGAUGUCACUACAACAGAAUGGAAUGAUGAUGUUCUAAUUGUUGAUUACGUAUUAUUCAUGACAUAUGACUUUCAUGGUUCCUGGGAGAAAGUAACUGGUCACGUGGCACCGCUCUACGCUAAACCCGGCGAAAGAAACGGCAGGGAAUAUCUGAACGUUGACUAUGCCGUGAGAUAUUGGCUUUCAAAAGGUGCUCCACCAUCAAAAUUGAUUAUGGGAAUUCCUCUUUAUGGCCGUUCCUUUACUUUGUCAGACGAUAGUUAUAACGGGAUGAUGGCCCCAGCUCCGAGGCCAGGAAAGCCAGGUCCCAUAACGCAAAGUGCAGGGAUCAUGUCGUACAACGAAUGCGAAUAUUUGAUUAAUCGUCAGUUGGGUGGAGCAAUGGUUUGGGCCUUAGACCAAGAUGAUUUUAACAACGCAUGUAAAGGUGGUACCUAUCCUCUACUGAGAAUUAUAAGUUACUACAUGAAGAUAUCAACCAAUCCGAUACCUACUAAAAGACCAGUGACAAGACACCCUCCUUCAAGAUGGACUCCCAGACCAACAGCAAUAAUUCCGAAUCCACCAACUUGGCACCCAUUCAUAGAGUGCGUCCUACACAUGAAACUGUCUGUAACGGGAAACAUUUGUGGGCGUGUGGAAAGGUCCUGUCCUGCUGUUGGGAGUCAACUUGUUGGUGAUCCUCAUGACAGACAUGUUUUCCACUUUUGCGUCAAUGGAAGGGACUACAGGUACACUUGUCCCCCGACUCUUGUGUGGGACCCUCGCAUCAAACACUGUAAUUACGACUGGCGAUGA